AUGGAGAAAUCUGACAGGAUAAAUACUUACCAAUACAAACUCAGGGAGUCUAAGUUUGAUGAGUUGAAUACGCUUGGAGCUCUUUUGAUUGAUGAUCACAUGGAUGCCUUCAAGAAGACUUAUGGCAACUUGUUGGCUAUUCUACUGACCAAGGAAGAUACGAGGUUGGUUCUCACUUUUGCUCAGUUCUAUGAUCCUAUUAUGCAUUGCUUUACUUUCCAAGAUAUCUUAUUGGCUCCCACUUUGGAAGAGUUUGCCUACAUCUUGUGUAUUCAUGUCAAAUACCAAGUUCCUUAUAUGAGCGCAAAUGGCUUUCCAGAGCCUGUAGUGAUUGCACAAACUUUUUAUCUCAAGAGGGAAGUAGUUAACUCCAACAUUCAUACCAAAGGUAACACCAGAGGGUUUCCUUCAAAGUUUCUCAUUAAAAAUACCACUCUAUUUACUGAUAGUGGAAGCUGGGAUGCUUUUUAUGCAAACUUCUCUCUUCUCAUCUAUGGAUUGGUACUUUUCCCAAUCAUUGAAGGUUUCAUUGAUAAAGUUGCUAUCAACAUCUUCCUGACCAAGAAUCAGGUUCCCACGCUUCUAGCCGAUGUUUAUUUCUCUUUCCAUUGGAGAAACAAGAAGAAUGAUGAAAUGAUUAGUUUAUGUGUUCCUUUGCUUUACAAGUGGUUCUUGACUCACUCGCAAAGGAAAUGA